CUGCUUCCCGCUCACUGUUGCUUCGACUGCUUUGUGCUUCGACUGCUUCCAUAAAUUCUGUUGAUUUCCUAUCUACUAACCCUUAUACGAUUUCUUAUGGUUCGUAUUUGAAAGUUAUUUACAAUUGUUUCCACUCCCAAUCCCACUUUCCAAACUACCCAAAGCGAAAUAUCUUCUCUCUUCAAACCCAAUUCCAUCAACGUUUGUUUCCCCGCACGUAUUGUAAAGCAAUUACAUUCAUAAAACAUAUAACAACCAAAAACUGGAGUCUUGCAGCCACUGUCUUUCCACAGAGCUUGUCCAUCAAGAUUGGGAGGAUGCUCACGCAGUAUUCAAGCCUAAAGAUCAAAGUCAAAGCAGGGAAACACAGAACACCCACCAGAUGUUCGAUUAAAUGCCUUAGUGAAAGCAUAGACUAUUUUAACCCCCAAUUGCAGGAAGUGAAUUUUGAACUUGAUCUUUCUAAGGAUAUAACCCAAGUUGCCUUAUCUGUUACUUAUGUUUUAAGCCCCACCCAUUUCUUUCUCUCACAUGCUAACGUGUUGAGUUUGGCUAUAAUUAAAAGUGCAGAAGUAGCAUAUAAUACGCACGUGAGCUUUGAAGAUGAAGAAUCCCCAGAAGCUUUGCAGAAAGUUCAAGGAUGCUUCACCGGAAGAACUCAGAGCUAGGCUUGCCGAGUUUGCUAAAGUAAGGAACUGGGAUGAGUACCACAACCCAAGAAAUCUCCUCUUAGCUUUGAUGAUUAGUGAUUCUAAUGGAUUGAUGGCUGGUAGGGGAAGUGGGAUCAAUACCACAGCCCAAGAAAUCUAUGAUGUUUUGAUGUAUCUAUUUCAGCUUGCUGAUGUUUGUGGCCUUGAUCUUGGCCAAGCUUCUCUAUCCAAGAUUGUCAAUAAUGCCCCGAAAUACCCUAUUCUUGAUUAG